CGGACCGGGCCGCAGCCCGCACCCCCAGCGGACCGCGCCAUGCGACACCUGCCGUACUUCUGCCGCGGCCAGGUUGUGCGGGGUUUCGGCCGCGGCUCCAAGCAGCUGGGCAUCCCCACCGCUAACUUUCCUGAACAGGUAGUAGAUAAUCUUCCAGCUGAUGUGUCCACUGGCAUUUAUUAUGGCUGGGCCAGCGUGGGAAGUGGAGAUGUCCAUAAGAUGGUGGUGAGCAUAGGAUGGAACCCAUACUACAAGAAUACAAAAAAAUCGAUGGAAACUCACAUCAUGCAUACCUUCAAAGAGGACUUCUAUGGAGAAAUCCUCAAUGUGGCCAUUGUUGGCUAUCUCAGACCAGAAAAGAACUUUGAUUCUUUAGAGUCACUUAUUUCAGCAAUUCAAGGUGAUAUUGAGGAAGCUAAGAAACGACUAGAUUUACCAGAACAUUUGAAACUCAGAGAAGACAACUUCUUCCAGGUUCCUAAAAACGAAAUAAUGAAUGGCCACUGAAAAAUCACUCACUCACUCACUGUUUUCUAGUAUUUUACCACUCAUAACGUUGCAGUCUUAUGUUGGUUAUAUUUUAAGAAUCAAACGUUUUCCUACAGCUGUGAAUUAGUUCAGACAGCACCUUGUACUCACCAUGUCUCACCUGUUAAAUUAAACAUACCAUGCAGCAGUACUGAAAAGAUUUAUUUCAAAAAUCAAGAUUCUUUUUUAUGUGAUAUGUUGAUUAAAAUGAACCACCAGAAAGGUCUUACGUGUCUUAAAAUAGAAAUGAAAUGUAUAUCAAUGUGGGUAAAAAGGCAAAUGAUUUGUUUGAAAUGAACACUGCUCUCACAGUGAAUGACACUUGUGUCUGUACUUGGGCAGCACGUGCUGCUCAGCAGAGGAGAAUGAGAGGAAAUAAUCUGGACAGGGGUCUGGUAGUUUAAAAUAUCUGGACUUUAUACUUUUGAUAUUUUGUGCAUUAGUAUUUUAUCACAGACAUGAAAACUAGUGAAAUUUCGUUUUAACUGGUCAUUUCCUCUAAGAGAAGUAAUCAUUGUGCUCUGUUCCAUUUUUGUUAUAGUUGCCUCAGUUCUAAUUAGUGUAGAUUCCCUCUGCCUAUCUUUUUGUUUGUCUGCCUGCUAAAGAGUGAAAUGAAUGUUUCUCAGAUCUCUAGGUCUCAUUUUUGUGUGGUAUACAUUUCUCUAUUUAAGGAUAGAUAACACUUUUUGACUUGGAUUCUUUUUUCCUUUAAGCAAUUGACGUUUUGAGGUUUUUUCCCCCAUUUAUAAUAUCCUGCGACUUUACACUUACAAAACACUGCUUCCGUGUCCAUCAUUCCAUCCCUUCACUACAUCAGCAGUGACUAAGUGCAUGUCUAUAUUGCCUUUUAGGAAAAAAAAUCCCAAAACUUCAUUGUUAUGUUUCCUCACAGUUAAAUGGACAUACAGCAAUUCAUUUAUGUAUACCAGUCUCUUGAAGAACAUAAAAUACUUGUUUUCCUCUGAGGGAAACUACUUAAGAGCCAAUUAAACUAUGAAAUAGAAACUUAUUUAUUUUUAAUGUAAUCAUAUGUUCCUGAGCAAAUGUAAACUGUUGUAGUUGAAUAUGUACAAUGUAAUUGAAUGCUAAAGAGUGGUUGUAGCUUGGGAGAAAGACAAUAAAGUUUUAGUUAAAUAAGCUUUUUACUAUGCAUUUUUCCUUCCAUGAACUUUGA